AUGGCCCCAACGCAAGGCCUGCUUCGGCCUUUUGACAGAAACGAAAAUUACGAUCAGAAGUCCCGCCUCCCAGAUACUUACAGCCCUCUAUAUUCCUACCGGUUACCGCGCGGGGAGACCAAACAAUAUCUUCAACAGUAUGGCGACAUGUACUUCCUAAGGCUGGCGAAGCUGAAGCCUGUCGUGGAGAAAAUCGCCCAGGCAGAUUGGGAAGACUUUGAAAUUGCGGGUGAGCAGGCCCAGAGAGUGGAAAGAGUCUUAGACGUGCGGCAAGGCCAGUUAUGUUGGGUUGUCGGCACCGUGUACCUGGACAUGGCCCUCAAGCCAAACAUCCUCGAGGACAUAUCUAGAGAACAUUGGAUCGCGGGGCCACCACCCAGAAAGUCCUAUUUCUCAGCCGACGGCGAGACUCAGAUCAUGCUCGAGGAUGAGUCUGGGAGGCUGAGGCUGGCCGGUGCAAUGCUGAAGAAUACGCUGCUUGUCACCGGCGUCAUUAUUGCCGCUCUCGGAACGGAGAAUGCAAAUGGAGACUUCGAGGUCCUCGACAUGCAUAUUCCUGAACUGCCUCGCCAACCCAAACGCGGCGAUCGAGACGACGAGGGAGAAUCUAAGAUGGAACUGGACGACCAACCACGAAAGAAAAUCGCCCUCGUCAGUGGACUCAAUAUUUCCGGCACUUCAGCCGACACACUCAGCCUCUCGCUCCUGUCGGAAUUUCUUCUGGGAGAAUCCCUCGACACGGUCGACCAAGACUCAUCCGCACAUAUCUCCCGACUCAUCAUUGCCGGCAACUCGAUCGCAGCCGACACGGUCAUCAGCGCGGGCGAAGACCACAACUCCUCGAAAAAGUCAUCGUCCGCCCACGCGAACAAGAAAUACGGCUACGACUCGACGUCCUACAACCCGGUUCCGACGCAACUCCUCGACGCCUUCCUGUCAGAACUCCUCCCCACAAUACCCAUCACCAUCAUGUCCGGAGAGCAAGAUCCCGCGAACUCCUCACUCCCACAGCAGCCCAUCCACCCAGCGAUAUUUCCUCAUUCUCGCGCGUACACCUCCGCCUCCUCCAACACCGACACACCCGAAGACUCCGAACCAGGAUGGUUUGACUCCGUCACGAACCCAUGGGACGGCGACGUAAGCGGAUGGCGGUUUAUGGGCAACUCGGGCCAGCCGGUGGACGACAUCUUGAAAUAUGUCGACUUGGGCGGGCCAGACGGCACGGGGCCCGAGGGUCGUCUGGAAGUCAUGGAGAGUAUGCUGCGGUGGCGGUGCGGCGCGCCGACCGCCCCGGACACGCUGCAUUGCUACCCGUUCCAGAACCGCGACCAGUUCGUCCUCGACGCCUGCCCGCAUGUUUUCUUCGUUGGAAAUCAGCCACGCUUCGACACCUGUGUCAUUGACGGGCCGGGAGGUGAACGCGUCCGCCUCAUCACGAUCCCGAGCUUCAGCGAAACCGGAGAAUUGGUGCUGUUGGAUUCUGAGACCCUCGAGGUCGAGAUCGUCAAGUUUGAUGUCAACGAUUGA